AACUCAGUGUCAGUCCUCGUCGACUUAGAACUCCAAAUGUUGCGCUUAAUUUCGCGUCCUGUUGCACGCUUUUCGACUCGCCGCGUUCCCCGCUGCUCGCGCGGCUUUGCUGCUCACGCCGAAAACACCGAACAGUUCGUACUCGAGGGCAAUCCGACUAAGCAAUGGUUGGAGCAGAGGAAAGCCGUUGAACAUCAUGCUGCAGAAACGACGGAACUUUGGAGGAGGAUCAGCUUCUUCGUUGCGGUCCCCGCGACCAUUUUGGGUACGCUGUGGGUACAACGCGUCGAGUCCGAACAUGCGGAACACGAGGAGCACAUUAAGGCCGAGCAUGGUGGCGAAUUGCCUCCAGUUCCAGAGUAUGACUAUCUCAACAAGCGUGCCAAGCCGUUCCCUUGGGGAAUGAACUCCCUCUUCUAUAACCCUCAUGCCAACAAAGACAUGAGUGGUGCCGGGGAAGAGUAAUCGGUUAUCAUAAAUUUCCAUAAAUCUGUCCGCAUAAAUGCGACAUAACUUACACAAAUGCACUUUUUUUCUUAUUUAC